GCGGAACAAACAAACGCUGUGCGCGUCGAGUGUGCAAAGUAAUAUGCAACGCACUGUAAGGAUUCUUACCGAUCGCAACAGCAAGAACAACCUUGUCAAGCGAGGUCACUAAUUAGAGUUCUGCACCGCCGUUAGAAAUUCCUGCAGUCAACCCUCAAAGUGGAAUGUCAUGAGCAUGGCCACAAAUAUUACCUUUCACCCAGGUUCAAUCAGCCAUUCCGAGCGGUCACAAUCGCUUAGACAGCGGGGAGUGACGAUAUGGUUCACCGGGCUUAGUGCAAGCGGGAAGUCUACGAUAGCGUGCGCUCUUGAGCAGCACCUAAUGCACCUGAAGAAGUUCUCUUACCGAUUGGAUGGCGAUAACAUUCGGUUCGGCCUGAAUAAGGACCUGGGAUUCGACGAAAAGUCGCGAAACGAGAAUAUCCGCAGAAUCGGCGAAGUCUCAAGACUCUUCGCCGAUUCGUGCUGCAUAUGCUUAACUGCCUUUAUUUCGCCUUAUCGCGCUGAUCGUGCCAUCGCUCGUGAACUACAUAACGAAAGUGGACUGGAAUUCAUCGAGGUAUUUGUAGAUGCACCGCUGGACGUCGUAGAACAGCGCGACCCAAAGGGGUUGUAUAAGAAAGCCAGAGCCGGUGAAAUCAAAGACUUCACUGGCAUUUCUGCUCCAUAUGAGCCUCCAGUCGACCCUGAAAUUCAUUUGAAGACAAAUGAAUCCGAUGUCACCGACUGUGUACGAAUUAUCACCGACUACCUCUCGGGAAAAGGAUACAUCUAGAUCACUAGAACAAUACCAUAGAUAAAACAAUCAGGAUUCUAGAACAUCUUCUGUACCAUUCACCAACGCAGAAGUUGCAGCGCUUGCCUCGGUGAACACUGCACCGUCUGUGACAACAUGCUGAUCCUCGGGCUCUUGCUCCUCCACUAUUGCAUCCUGACUUGUCUCAUCGAGAAUUUGUGUCAGGCCCAGCUCCACCAUCGAUAGCCACUGGGCGAGAUCAUUGACUGUUGAUGCGAGAUAUGCACAUGGGGUUCGAAGACAUGGGAAGC